UACUGUGGAUUUAAAUGACUACAAGAUUUGUCCUGUGAAAAGAUUUCAAUUUUUCCAUCACAGAAGAUGCUAACUGGUUUAGCUCAGAGUACUGCUUCAUAGAUCCAGAGGCACUGAGUGCAGGGCCAAGGAGGACUUCUGUUGAUGGGAGGGUGAGCAAUUAUAGCUCUGAAUUUGAUACAGACGCUAAUGGUGAUGGGGAUUUCAGGAAUGGGAAUGAUGGUCUUCAGCUUGAUGAUUCGGAUGCCAGGCAUCCUAGAAUGAAGCCAUUAAGAGUACAGCCUGUGAAGAAGCAAGGGGAGACAAUAUCAAAAGGACAUAAGAAUUAUGAACUCAUGCUUAAUUUACAGUUGGGAAUCAGACAUUCUGUUGGAAGACCUGCUCCAGCCACCUCUCUUGACUUGAAGGCAUCUGCCUUCGAUCCGAAGGAGAAAGUAUGGACUAAAUUUCCACCGGAAGGAUCCAAGCAUACUCCACCUCAUCAGUCCUGUGAGUUCAAAUGGAAGGACUACUGUCCGGUGGUCUUUAGGACCCUCAGGAAGUUGUUCAAUGUGGAUGCAGCUGAUUACAUGUUAUCAAUAUGUGGAAACGAUGCACUACGGGAACUGUCAUCCCCUGGGAAGAGUGGAAGCUUUUUCUACUUAACUAAUGAUGAUAGAUACAUGAUAAAGACUAUGAAGAAGGCAGAAGUUAAA